AUGCUACUGCGUAUUCCCAUGGAUAAUUUCUUCAGUACCUAUGAGAAUAGGUCAAGAGAUCUGAAAACCCAAUCUGGUCUAUUAAAGAAAGCCAUAGAAAUGGAAAAAGCAUUAAAAUCUACGACAAACAAAAGCCUUCGUCUACCCAUGAAACCAUUGGCAGACACAGGUGUAGUGUUCUGUAUCCAACUGCUUGAUUACUUCAGGAAAUUAAAAACUCCUACAGAACAAAUGCGCUCACUGGCCCUUGAGACAAUCAAUGUCAACUAUGCUGCAGAUCACUAG